GAAAUAGAGAUUAUCCGAAUGGCAAAAUGUUAGUGGAAGCAGGAAGAGGCUAAAAUUGCACGUCACCUUCACAUCCUGGCCCACUGACCUUGUGCUGGGAGAAAGCCCUCGCCACACCAGCUGUUGCCAUAAGGACGCGGCCCCUGUGGUUUUAGUACAAGGGGAACUCAGCUAUCCUAUCCCAAAGGAAACGCUAAUAAAGUUCCAGCCCACAGCAUGCCCAGUCCAAGACAGACUGCAUGUGCUUGUCAUUCAGGCUGUGCUCUGCCGUGUAGGAAAGACUUGUUGAUCUUCAUGCUGUGUGUUUGGAGGUGGAUUUUGUAAACCCUUCAUUUCCAGGACAUUUUUAAACUGCUGAAAACUUGAUUUUACGAUAUCUGCAGAAAGACAAGUGGCUGACUCUGCAAGAGGCUUGAGGUGACAGGAGCAUGGCUAUGAGUAACGGGAAUGGUGACUUUCUGGUUCACAGCAAUGGCAGCAUCCCAUCCAAUGCUACCGGUCUCAGCAUCACCUCCGCCACAGUUGGAGACAUCACCGCUUCCCCCAACCAGCAGUCACCCAAGGAGGUGCAGCGGACAAAAGUGAGUCGAAAUGGCAGCAUCAAACAAAACGGCACACUUAAACCAUCCUCACUUCCUUCCGACAACCAAAGGCCUUCCCAGUUAAAGCAGCAAGCACUGCCUCAGUGCUGCCAUCGUUGUCCUUUCCAUCACCCAUUAUGUUGCCAUAAUAACCACCUUGACUAUCCAGCUGUCUGCCAAAACCUUUCGCCUGUCCAUCAAACCACCUGCUGCCUCCAGCCCUCUCCAUCAUUCUGUUUGCAUCACCGCUGGCAAGACCAUUUUCAGCAUCAGCCUGCACCACCGUGUGGGGCCAGCAUGAGACCUGCAAGACCUUUUAGAUUCCCGAAAAGCUAUGCUGCACUGAUAGCUGACUGGCCAGUAGUGGUUCUGGGAGUGUGUACUGUGCUAAUUGUGCUGUGUGCACUUGUUGGGAUUUUGGUGCCAGACCUUCCUGACUUUUCUGAUCCAUUGCUGGGCUUUGAACCAAGAGGUACAGCAAUUGGCCAGAGGCUUGUUACAUGGAACAACAUGGUGAAAAAUACAGGGUACAAAGCAACACUAGCAAACUAUCCAUUUAAAUAUGCAGAUGAGCAAGCAAAAAGUUACCGGGAAGACAGGCGGUCAGAUGAUUACCAUGAGCGAGACAAGAGACAGGCCGACUGGAACUUCCACAAGGACAGUUUCUUCUGUGAUGUUCCCGAUGACCGGUAUUCUCGAGUGGUUUUUACCUCCGCAGAAGGGAAGAAUUUGUGGAGUAUCCAAGCUAUUAAAUCAAUGUGCAAUCUAGAUAAUGCAAGGGUUCGAUCUCAUCCACAGUAUCGAAACCUUUGCCAGCGGACCAGUAAUGAAUCAUGCUGCCCGAGCUGGACAUUGGGCAACUAUAUUGCUAUUUUAAACAAUAGGUCAUCUUGUCAGAAAAUUACAGAGCGUGAUGUUUCUCAUACUCUGAAAAUACUCAGAUCGUGUGCCAAAUAUUACCACAAUAGUACUUUGGGACCAGACUGCUGGGACAUGGCAACUCGAAGGAAAGAUCAGCUGAAGUGUACAAAUGUGCCUCGGAAAUGUACAAAAUACAAUGCCGUUUACCAGAUCCUCCACUUUCUAGUGGACAAAGACUUCUUGAGUCCAAAGACUGCAGAUUAUGUGAUGCCAGCUUUAAAGUACAGCAUGCUGUUUUCCCCUACCGAAAAGGGAGAAAGCAUGAUGAACAUAUACCUAGACAAUUUUGAAAAUUGGAACUGCUCUGAUGGGAUCACAACCAUCACUGGGAUUGAGUUUGGAAUCAAACAUAACUUAUUUCAAGACUACCUUUUAAUGGAUACUAAGUAUCCUGCCAUCGCAAUCGUCAUUGUUCUUUUAGUCAUGUGUGUGUACACCAAGUCCAUGUUCAUUACGUUGAUGACCAUGUUUGCAAUCAUUAGUUCCCUGAUUGUCUCCUACUUCUUGUACUGCAUCGCCUUUAACUUUGAGUUUUUCCCCUUCAUGAACCUCACAGCAUUGAUUAUCCUUGUUGGGAUAGGAGCAGAUGAUGCCUUCGUCCUGUGUGAUGUUUGGAACUACACCAAAUUUGAUAAACCUAAUGCCGAUCUUUCACAGACAGUGAGCAUCACUUUGCAGCAUGCUGCCCUGUCCAUGUUUGUCACCAGUUUUACCACUGCCGCUGCCUUUUAUGCGAACUAUGUUAGUAACAUCACUGCAAUCCGGUGCUUUGGUGUAUAUGCUGGUACUGCCAUUUUAGUCAAUUAUAUUCUGAUGGUGACCUGGUUGCCAGCAGUUGUUGUGUUGCAUGAACGUUACCUCUUGAACACAUUUAGCUGCAUCAAGAAACCCCAGCAGCGGGUGUACAACACCAAAAGCUGCUGGACCUUGCUGUGCCAAAAGAUUAACAAGUUUAUUUUUACUAUCUCUGAAGCAUCAAGGAUAUUCUUUGAGAAAGUGCUGCCUUGCAUUGUGAUUAAGUUUCGUUACAUAUGGCUGUUUUGGUUCCUUGCCUUCACUGUGGGCGGAGCCUACAUUGUGUGCGUUAACCCAAAAAUGAAGCUGCCUUCACUUGAGCUUUCAGAGUUUCAGGUCUUCAGAUCCUCCCACCCUUUUGAGCGGUAUGAUGCUGAAUACAAAAAGCUUUUCAUGUUUGAAAGGGUUCACCAUGGAGAGGAACUGCACAUGCCCAUCACUAUAAUUUGGGGUAUAACUCCAGAAGACAAUGGAGAUCCCCUUAACCCAAAAAACAAAGGCAAACUGACACUAGACAGUGGUUUUAAUAUUGCCAGCCCAGCCUCACAACUUUGGAUUUUAAAUUUUUGCCAGAAACUGAGAAACCAGACCUUUUUUUACCAAACAGAUGAGCAAGACUUCACCAGCUGCUUUAUUGAGACGUUUAAACAGUGGAUGGAAAACCAAGACUGUGAUGAGGCAACUGUUUACCCUUGCUGCAGCCAUUCCAUCUUCCCCUAUAAGCAGGAGGUCUUUGAACUUUGUAUAAAGAGAGCAAUCAUGGAACUUGAAAGGAGUACAGGCUACCAUCUUGAUAGCAAGACUCCUGGGCCAAGGUUUGAUAUCAACGAUACAAUCAGAGCUGUUGUGCUGGAGUUUCAGAGCACUUACCUCUUCACGUUAGCUUAUGAAAAGAUGCACCAGUUCUACAGAGAGGUGGAUGCUUGGAUCAAAGAAGAGUUGAAAACUGCGCCUGCUGGUUUGAGUCAUGGGUGGUUUGUGAGCAACCUGGAAUUCUAUGACCUACAGGACAGUUUAUCAGAUGGCACUUUGAUUGCUAUGGGGCUGUCUGUGGGGGUGGCCUUUACAGUAAUGCUGCUUACUACCUGGAAUAUUAUAAUAAGUCUCUAUGCUAUUAUAUCCAUUGCUGGAACCAUUUUCGUCACAGUGGGUUCAUUAGUGCUUCUGGGAUGGGAACUGAAUGUUCUGGAGUCUGUGACUAUAUCUGUUGCUGUAGGCCUGUCCGUGGACUUUGCUGUUCAUUAUGGAGUGGCUUACCGCCUUGCACCUGAGCCUGAUCGAGAAGGCAAGGUGGUUUUCUCUUUAAGUCACAUGGGCUCUGCUAUUGCCAUGGCUGCGCUGACGACAUUUGUGGCUGGAGCUAUGAUGAUGCCAUCGACUGUCUUGGCUUACACCCAGCUGGGAACCUUUAUGAUGCUUAUCAUGGUCAUCAGCUGGGCUUUUGCCACCUUUUUCUUUCAGUGCAUGUGCAGAUGUAUUGGACCGCAAGGUACUUGUGGUCAGAUUCCCCUGCCAAAACAAUUGCAAUGUCAUGCAUAUUCCCCAACUACUUCCAUAACUUCAGCCACUAGAAGCCAAAGCAAAUUGUGCCAGAUGAACACAUAUCAGUUAGACCCCAGAGGUUCGGACGUGGAACAUGAGCAUUAUGAAUUGGAACCUCUAGCUUCUCACAGUUGCAGGGCAGUAGAAAAAACAACAUCUGAAGAAACACAGGCCUGCACCAGACUGUAUAAUGGCAGACCUAAGCAUACAUGCACACACAAACCCUACAACAAGAAUGACCCUGAUAAAAAUGGGACCACUGAUCAGGGGUUUCAAAGCUGCUCAGACCCACCCCAUAUGUGCCAAUAUUCUUCUCUUAAUAUGAACUGCAAUUGUGUAGACCCCUAUCAAGGUAUAGGCAUGCAGUGGAACCCCCAUUCAUGCCAGCAAAUUGGAGACUGCUUGUGUUCUCAAUGCAUCCCCCCCACUGGAAAAUCUGCAAGAGUUCAAAACCCAGUGUCCACAUUGGACACGCCACACCCAGCUUUGGAAUGCCUUAUGCAUCAUGUUCAGCAUGCUCACCCCCACCACCAUGCCUGUUUGCAAGGAAGAGGGAAAAGACACUCUGCUCCAAACUCUCUACUCAGAAAUUAUUGUGUGCAUUCAGUCCAUCAGCUUCAACAGCAGCUACAACAACAACAUCAUGAAAAUGUGGGUUCUCCAGAACCUCAACGCUCCCACUGUGUAGAGGAAUACAACAAGACAGUUCCGAAAGACAUAGUUCUCAGCGCCAAAAAGGUAAAACCGUGUUGUGGCGUAGCUGCUUCUCAGAACAGCAUGUGCCAAAACCAAAAAGAACUUGGUGGUAGUGGAGAAAACAAAGACUUAUUAGAGGCAGAUAAAACCAUCAGCCAGAAUACAGACAAUUGUGAUUUGGAGCAAAAAGACCAUAGCGAAAAUAACCUUGGCGCUCCUGACCUGUCACAGAAAACGCUAGUAAACGAAGAGGAACAUGUAAAAGAUGUUGUCCACAGUAGAAAGCAAAGCAGUCCUCAGAGUACAGAAACUGCAUCCGUACCUUGCUCUGAAAAAUCCCAGUGCUUUAACAGAACUUUAAAAGUUAAGUGCAAUUCUGUCAACUCUCAUAUGCCAAAAGCUGAAGCCAAUGUGCCUGCUGUUUCAACAAAUUCGCAACCAUCUUCUGAAAGUUUAUGUUAAUAAAAGCACUGUACACAUUCUUUGAGAACCAUGUCCAUUUUCAACUCAUGCUUGGCAAUUGCAGUGACCAAUUUUGUAACAGUGUUGUUUUUUUUAAAGAAAACAUCUUUAAUGUCAGACAUUUGUGGGGAGUUUGGAGAAAUUGAAACAUAGUGAUGUGCUGUUUUCCUGUUUUUAUUUAUUUAUUUUUUUAAAGUUGGUCAGUGUAAUUUACAAACAUGUUUUUAAAAGCGGAUACUAGGUCAACUAAACUUCAUUUUUAUAUUAUGCUGAAUGUUCAAUAGACUGCUUUAUGAAAGUACUGAGUGGUUGUUUUAAAAGCGUCAUUGCCUCUAGUACUAUCCGUUUAUUUAAGAAACAGUAAUGCUGGAAAUGGUUUUCUUAAAAUGUCAAUGUGGGACUUUUCUCCCGUAGUGUAUUUUCAAAGAGUAAACAACAAGACUCUUAUUAUUUAUUCAGAAUCCCCACUGUGCUGAAUCCAGAAAAAAAAGUUACAUUUAAAAGGCUCAUCUUUUUAUUUUAGGAAACAUAAUGGCAUUAGUUUCCACUUUACUUCGUGGAUCACACAUUCAAGGAUAAUACGGAAAACCUGCGAUUGACCCGUAAAUGUACAUUAGGAAACUCAAUUGGAAAUAUAUUUGUUAAAAAUGGCUUUCAACAGAUCCGGGAAAGCAGUACAUUUUAGUCUUAUGGAUGCAUAUUGCACCUAUGUUACGCAUUUUUAACAGGCCGACAGUUUAUCCUAAUUUUCUUUUCUGGUAUUGGAAGUAUAAUUUUAUGCUGUGCGUGUAAACAUACAUAAUUACAUGUUCACUAUGCUAAAAUGUUAAAGUAACCUGGAUGUGGUUAACCAUUCCGUAUUUCAGUUCCCUUCCCCCUUGUAUUGCUGUCAGUGUGAGAUUGAUUGUACAUUUUAUAAAACAAAUGUAGGAGGGCUCUUGGCACAAUCAGUUUUUGAAAUGAAGUCCAGUUGUGGAGAAAAUAUUUUCCAAAAAAGGGAAUCCAUGAGCUUAUGAAUUUGACUGUAGUUAAAUUGUUUAAAAAAAGGCAUUUUUUUUUCUUUAGGUGUUUUGACAAGCUUAAAAAGAACCAAAAGACUGUAAUAAAAUGUAUUGUUCAUUA